AACCACGGUAAUCAUGUUUAGAUUGUAAAUGGCCAAUUUCUCUACACAGGGGUUUUCUAUUGAAAGGGCUUCAAGCAAACACAAUGCAAGUAUCUUUACUGGUUACGUGCAUUAUAAUUAAACUUUUGGUACGAAACGUCUUAUGUUUCGGCCCGGAGGACUCUCCAUGGGAAAACAGAGAAUAUAACGGAAGACACACAAAAAAUAUAAAAGGCCAAGUUGUGGUACCGAGGAAAGUUAAUCAGGACAGCGAGUUCUUGUCCUACUCGCUUCCGCACUUCUACGAACGCGAUACGAACAGGCGCAGAAAGCGGGAAGUUCCUGACGAAUCCGACAAAGUGCAUUACGGCCUUACAUUCAACGGUAUGCACCACCACGUAGAACUCUGGCCAAACCAUGACUUCGUGUCACCAGGAAUGAUGGUAGAAGAACGUAGUCCUGGUGCCAACCUCGACAUCAAUAAAACAAAGAUAAGACCAGCGAAUACUACUCAGUGCCAUUACAUCGGACGCGUGAAAGGUCACAACGACUCUCGUCUAGCGCUCUCUGUCUGCGACGGCAUGUCUGGUUACAUAAAGACUAACCACGGUCAUUACUUCAUCGAGCCCAUGGAAGGUCACCAGCCGGAGGAAGAUGGCCAACACUUGCAUGUAGUGCAUAAGAGAUCUGUAAGCGAACACAAAACCUGUGGCACUGGCGGGUGGGAACAGGGGUGGAGAGAUCGCCUUAGGUUGGAACACAGACGGGUUCGGGCAGUGAACGGAACAGUUUCCAGCAAACACCGUUACUUAGAGCUGCUUGUGGUGGCCGAUAGGAAGUUUCUGAACCAUCAUAACCACACCGACGUAGAGAACUACAUCCUGACUAUAAUGAACAUGGCGUCUAACUUGUAUCACGACGCCAGCGCCGGAAACCUGAUAGACAUUGUAGUGGUCCGUAUUAUCUACUUGCACAAACAGGAGGAAGAAAUGGACCUGCACAUCAACCAAGACGCUGACAAGACGCUUAAAAGCUUUUGCAAGUGGCAAGCAUCGGUGAACCCACAAGACGUGACGCACCCAAACCACCAUGACAUUGCUGUUAUGCUCACGAGGUUCGAUAUCUGCACCAGUAACAUGACCGAGUGCGAGCUCCUUGGACUCGCUCACGUGGCACAAGCCUGCAAUCCCAACAUGUCGUGCGCUAUCUGCGAAGAUUCUGGACUGGUACUGGGAGUCACUGUGGCUCACGAGGUCGGGCACGUUAUGGGCUGUGGGCACGACGACGGGGUCGAUUCAGAAUGCCAGCCCAUGGCAGACGAGGUCAACGCCCACGUCAUGUCACCAUUUGUGCAAAUGGCGACUGCAAACUGGUCAACAUGCAGCAAGAAGUUCAUGCAGGAGUUUCUGGACAGCGGCCUGGGGGACUGCCUGCUGGACGAACCUCAAGCACACAACUUCAAAUUUCCGGAAAUGCCUCCUGGAGCUAUGUACGACGCGAACUUCCAAUGUGGUCAGGAGUUCCAGAAUCCAGACGUGGUAUCCUGCGAUAUGGGCCCCGAAAAAAAUUGCAAGGCCCUAUACUGUGAGUAUAAACCCAAGAAAUGUGCGUCACACAUGCAGCCACCUGCUGAUGGGACCAAAUGUGGCAUCAACAAGUGGUGCUACAACCAGAAGUGCGUGCCAGUUGGGCAGAGGCCUGAGGCUAAGAAUGGAGGAUGGGGUGCGUGGACGCCGUGGUCAGAGUGCUCCAGAUCGUGUGGAGGAGGCGUCAGCUUUAUGGAACGGGAUUGCAACAACCCUGCACCCGAAAACCACGGCAGAUACUGUCUGGGAGAGCGUAGGAAAUACCGCAUCUGCAACACAAAACCGUGCAACCCCGAAGAUGCAACCUUCCGAGAACAGCAGUGUAGCCAAUAUGACGAUGCGGAGACUCACUUGACCCCGUUCCUAAGCACCGAGCCACAAGAAGUGUGUAAGUUGUUGUGUAUGAACAAAGAAGGAGCGAUCACAAUGAUGUCACCAAGAGCGAAAGAUGGAACUCCCUGCAGGCCAGGAACCAAGGACCUGUGUAUAGCGGGCAUGUGUCGAGUUGUUGGCUGUGACUGGAUUCUAGGGUCGGAAGCCGUGGAAGACCGAUGCGGGGUGUGCAAAGGCGAAGGCAAGGAGUGCACAAUUGUGGAAGAGACAUUCAAGGAAAACGGAAGUGGAUAUGUGAAGAUCGCGACCAUUCCUACUGGCAGUAGGAGGAUAUCAAUCGAGGAGCUAGGUCCAAGUGACAACAUGCUAGCCCUGAAGGUGGGCGAUAAUAAAACGUUCCAUCUGAAUGGAGAUUACAGCGAAGAGGGCGACCGGGAGCUUCACGUCGCCGGAACAGUCGGCUAUUAUUUCCACCCGGAGGAAGACCGCGAGAAGAUUGUGAUCUCUGGUCCAACAAAAAACCAGAUCAUACUGUAUGCUUGCUUCUUCGACGAUCCAAACCCAGGGAUCACUUACAAGUACGCAGUGCAAAGUCACAACAAAAGAGAGGCCAGCACCUAUCAGCCUCAGUACCAAUGGGAGUUUGUGGGUUGGAACGAGUGCAACAGGCAGUGUGGAGGUGGGACACAGGAGUCUGAACCCAAGUGCGUCGAGGAGAGAGACGGAGUAGUCAGUAAUUCAUUUUGCCCGUUGGCUGACAAACCGAAGACAACGAGCCGCUCGUGUAAUCAGCGGCCAUGCAAGGCGCGUUGGAGAGUGGGUCAAUGGGGCGAGUGUAGCGGGUGCAUGUUCAAAACCGGACACAAGAUCCGGAAGGUGGAUUGUAUUCGGGAAUCGCCAUUUGAAGAUGAGGAGAUAAUGACGGAUGAUGCAGACUGUACAGAAAAGAAGCCACACGACAUGAGUUUGUGCAACAACUUAAAACCAUGCGAAAACAUCAACGGGAACAGGUUACCAAGGGAAUCGAAGAGCGAGAAGAAUAGGACCCCUUACAAAAAGCAACAAAAUGGCUUAAUUGUGAUAGACAGAGCCCCACCGCACAUGUUCAAAACAACCGAAGUGCCCCUGCCGGAAAAAAAGUCACUAAGACGAAGUGAGUGAAGCACUAGGAGACCGGAUAGCGCAGUCUGUGAACACCAAUGGAACCACAUUUUAAGAAGGGGAUAAUGCACAACAGCAGAUAAAGUAGGCUCAGAGGGAGAUAAAAAAUAAAAGGGGAAGAAAUUAUUGAGCAGAAUGCAAUUAAUGUAUACACAUCAACUGAUAUGCAAGACAAUGUGCUUUUGUACAGAGCAGGUGUUUUGGCCACGAGGACUUUUUGACGGGUCAUGUUGCAAACAUCAAAACAUAAAUUUUUUUAAAGAUGGCCAUCUUCUGGGUUGUAACACCAUGUAAUCUGGUAGAAGUUUACAAACUCUUCAGAGGUUCUUGCUGCCUGAUGGAGGCAGCAAGGACCUCCGAAGCGUUCGCAAACUUCUACCAGAGAAAAACCCAGCAGACCCACUGCCAUGAAAACUUCAAAUGUUUAUAUUGUUGUUAAUUUACCUAUAUAAAUGUUGCUGUCAAAAUUUUAAUUUUUUUUUGUACUUGUAAAUAUACUUCUGUUCACACAAUAAUUAGUAAAAUAUAAUACUAGUGUAUUUACAAAAAAAGCUGUUUCAAAUUUUCCCCCAGCUAACAAACUGUCGGUCAUCAGGCGGAAGAAUUUUGAAAUGCUUGAUCACGAACAAGAAAGUUUGGAAACUGCUGAUACAGAGCACCUAAUAAGUAGGUCACAAGGUGUCUGUUUACAGUAUAACUGCACCAGAAAGGUCAUCAAUAUAGCUAGUGCGAUAUUCAUGAAGGGCUUACAUAUAAACAGUACUAUAGGAAAGAGAACGGGUGUCUGAAGAACUAUUGAUGUAGGCCUGAAAGCGAGCGUCUAUUGAGCCAAUGCAUUUCCACAGUGUGUGUACGUCUAGAACAUUUCAGAUACGACUCGUUACAUACCAACUUCAGCUAAACCUUGAUUUGUAUUCAUAUUAUUAAAAAAAAAGGUAAAUCUUUAGACAUCAGCAUGUGAUGGAGGACAGUAAUCGGCUUCACGCCCCAAGCGGCAUUACCCGAGGUGCGGAAAGGACACAAAUUUGAUGUUCG